AUGGGAUGCAUUUGCUUCAAGUCUUGGCGGCGACAAGCUACACCGUCGAUCACAUAUACGGUCAUCGAUAAUCUAGGCGAUGACGAGGAAGACGACGGACAUUAUCCGCUGAUAUUCCGACAGUUCAGCUUGGAACAGCUGAGAAUCGCCACCGACGGUUUCUCGGUCGGAAACAUCGUGUCGGAGCACAACAAUUGGGUUGAAAACAUCGUUUACAAAGGAAAACUCGGCGAUGGUCGCCGGAUCGCGGUCAAAUGGUUUCAGAGACUUUCUUGGCCUGAUCCUUUCGAAUUCAUCAGUGAAGCAGAAGCUGUCGGGAGGUUGAGGAGUGAGCAUAUGGCUAAUCUGAUCGGUUGUUGUUCUGAUAACAACGAGAGACUUCUUGUUGCUGAGUAUAUGCCUAAUGGAACUUUAUCUAACCAUCUAUUUCACUGGGAGAAAAGACCGAUGAAAUGGGAAACGAGGUUAAAAGUUGCGCUUCAUACAGCAAAAGCUUUGGAUUAUUGUAAUGACAAAGGCAUAAACUUAUACCAUGAUCUUAAUCCCUCCAGGAUAUUGUUUGAUGAGGUAAGCAAUCCUAAACUUUCUUGCUUUGGUCUCAUGAGGAGUAGACACAAAGGGAAGGAUCAUAGUACCAAUUUAGCAUUGGCUCCUCCUGAAUAUUUGCACCUAGGUACUUUGGUACCUGAGAGCGUCACAUAUAGCUUUGGGACCUUGUUAUUGGAUCUUAUGAGCGGCAGACAUAUUCCUCCAAACCAUGUAAUAACACAAAAUAGCAUUUUAGUUUUGCAUUUGGGACUGCUUUUAAUUAUAAAUGUGUUGAUGUUUGUGCAGGCGCUUGAUUUGUUCCAAGGCAAAAACUAUUUGGUGCUAAUGGAUUCAGCUCUGGAUGGUCAGUUCGCUGAUGAAGACAGGACGGAACUAAUGAACAUAGCUUCUCGAUGUUUGAAAACAGAACCGGAAGAGAGGCCAAGUAUGAGGUUCCUUAUAGGGACUCUUUCUAGACUUCUGAAACGAGCUGAGUUAAGGCCAACCAAUAACAAAUUACUCAUGCAUUCUACGUCAAACAAUCUGCCUGAAAAGACUAAAACUGCAACAGAGACACUUAAGUUGACUCCUUUUGGAGAUGCGUGUCUGAGAGUAGAUCUAUGUACCGUACACGAACUACUCGAGAGAGUCGGAUAUGGAGAAGAAGAUGGGCUCGCACACGAGUUUUCAUUCCAAAUGCAAGAGAAUAUGGACUACAAGAAGCAUGGAGAUGAAGCAUUUCGUGCUAAAGAUUUUGAUACCGCCAUUAAAUUAUACACAAAGUUCAUGAGUGGAGCUCCUACGGUUUCACCAACAGUAUUGGGAAGAAGGUGUCUGUGUCACCUAAUGAGUGAAAGGUUUCGCGAGGCUCUAAGUGAGGCGAUGCAAGCGCAAAUAGCUUCACCGGAGUGGCCAAUUGCUCUUUAUUUACAAGCGGUUUGUCUUUUUAAGCUAGAGAUGGAAGCUGAAGCUAAAGAAGCUCUUAGAUAUGGUUCUGCUCUUGAGCCUUAUUAGUUAUUAAAGUUUCU